AUGCAUUCGAUACGGCAGCCGCUGCCCAUGGCGCCAGCAGAGCCCAGGUCUGUAGUCUCUGACGGCUGGACCCCUUGCGAACACCCGUCGGAAACAGCCCGAAGGCCUGGAUGGUGGAUCAAGCACGCUUGCGCACUCACACCCGUCAAGCUGUCUGCUCAACGGCGCCUGCGCAGCAUGACCGAGAGGCUCCAGCCACUGGCCCGGUUGACCAUGGCCCUUUCUGUGGAGACCGAGUCGCACAUCUACCGAGCUCUGCGCACUGCCUCUGGGGCUGCUGCCCACCUUGUGGCCCUGGGCUUUACGAUCUUUGUGGCUGUGCUUGCCAGGCCUGGCUCCAGUCUGUUCUCCUGGCACCCCAUGCUUAUGUCUCUGGCUUUCUCUUUCCUGAUGACCGAGGCACUGCUGGUGUUCUCUCCUGAGAGUUCGCUGCUGCGCUCCCUCUCACGGAAGGGCCGAGCACGCUGCCACUGGGUACUGCAGCUGCUGGCCCUGCUGUGUGCACUGCUGGGCCUAGGUCUUGUCAUCCUCCAUAAGGAACAGCUUGGCAAAGCCCACCUGGCCACGUGGCAUGGGCGGGCAGGGCUGAUAGCUGUGCUGUGGGCCGGGUUGCAGUGCUCAGGUGGGGUGGGGCUGCUCUACCCUAAACUGCUGCCCCGCUGGCCCCUGGCUAAGCUCAAGCUAUACCAUGCCACUUCUGGGCUAGUGGGCUACCUUCUGGGUAGUGCCAGCCUCUUGUUGGGCAUGUGCUCCCUCUGGUUCACCGCCACAGUCACUGGUGGGGUCUGGUACCUUGCUGUGCUAUGCCCUGUCAUUACCAGUUUGGUCAUCAUGAGUCAGGUGAGCAAUGCCUACCUGUACCGCAAAAGGAUCCAGCCAUGAGCUCUUCCCAGCCUAGAAGCCUGGAUUUGCCCCUCAGUGUAGUAGCGGGGGCUGGGGCCUCCUGGAUUUUCUCAGCUAAGUCAUGAGGACAUCUCAGGCACUGGGGAAGUCUAAAGUAGGAGUCUUGUGUGUGACAUUUUUUGCUUGCUCCUCAUGGUGGAGUGCUUCCCCUUUUCUUCUGUACUGUCCCAGAGGAGCUUAUGGAUGAUGUCUGGAUGAAGCUGGGGUUGCAAACCUACUUCCCCAGCAACUCAACUCAUACUUGUACUGGUAUGUCUGGAAAUUACAGGAGAGAAAAAAGCAAAAUAAAGAAGAAUGACUGAAAAGAC